GGGAAGCAAAAGGGCUAAGCACAUAGCAUGAAUAAUUUCUCAUACAUCAUACUGAACUGAAGCAUCUUCAAGUGAAUAAGAAGAAGAAGAAGAAGAGAUGAGUCAGGUUGGUGGUCAGGGAGGAGGAGGAUCUCAUUCGCUGGCGUUCCGCGUGAUGCGUUUGUGCCGCCCUUCCUUCAACGUCGAACCUCCACUCCGCCUCGACCCCACCGACCUCUUCGUCGGCGAGGACCUCUUCGACGACCCCGCUGCCAAACCCCACUCUUUCUCCUCCGCUGCCGCCCACGACGACGACUCCGAUCCCAACUACCGUAACCGCUUCCUCCUCCGCCACUUCUCCGACGCCAUGGGCCUCUCCGGCCUCCUCGUUCUCCCUCAGUCUUUCGGAGCCAUUUAUUUGGGGGAGACCUUCUGCAGCUACAUCAGUAUAAACAACAGCUCCAAUUUUGAAGUCAGAGAAGUCCUUAUCAAGGCUGAAAUUCAAACAGAGAGACAGAGAAUACUUCUUUUAGACACAUCAAAAUCGCCAGUUGAAACGAUACGUGCGGGUGGGCGUUAUGAUUUUAUUGUAGAACAUGAUGUGAAAGAGCUUGGACCUCACACGCUGGUCUGCACUGCAUUGUAUAAUGAUGGUGACGGUGAGCGUAAAUAUCUUCCUCAAUUUUUCAAGUUCAUCGUUGCUAAUCCACUUUCCGUUAGGACAAAGGUCCGUGUUAUCAAGGAGACUACCUUUUUGGAAGCUUGUAUUGAAAACCAUACAAAAUCAAACCUUUUCAUGGACCAAGUUGAUUUUGAACCUGCUCAGUAUUAUAGUGCAACAAUACUUAAAGGUGAUGGGCACCAUUCUGAGAAAGAUAGUCCUACAAGGGAGAUAUUUAAGCCACCAAUACUAAUUAGAUCUGGUGGAGGAAUUUACAACUAUCUCUAUCAAUUGAAAACGUUAUCAGAUGGUUCGCCUCAAACAAAAGUUGAAGGAAGUAAUGUUCUUGGUAAACUCCAGAUAACAUGGCGAACAAAUUUGGGUGAACCCGGUCGUUUGCAGACCCAGCAAAUAUUGGGGACACCAGCAACAAAGAAGGAGAUUGAGUUGCAAGUUGUAGAGGUUCCGUCUAUAAUUAACCUUCAAAAACCAUUCAUGCUAAAAUUGAAUCUUACAAACCAGACAGAUAGAGAGCUGGGCCCAUUUGAAGUUGGCUUAUCUCAAAAUGUUUCAUAUGGGGAGAGAGUUGUUAUGAUUAAUGGCCUUCAAUCAAUGGUUUUAUCAGAGGUUCAGGCUUUAGGAUCUACAAAUUUCCACCUGAGGAAUUGAGCUAAGAUGGAAAGUAGAGCUAGGAUGUAUGCUAGGAGACCAAGGUUUUUAAAUGGGGACCAAGGGUGUACGCUAGGAGUGCUAAGAUGGAAAGUAGAGGAAUGGAGCUUCAUGACUCAUGAGGUAAGCGUGGGAAACAUGAGAAAGAAUAAAUUUUGGGAUCUACAUUGUGCAAACAUAGCAGGUGGGACAGGAUUAGUCGGGAGAACAAUCAGUUAGCCAGGGGAUUAACGAGGUAGUCAUGACAGAAGGGGGGGAAUGGAACUUCUGAGUGGGAAGGGAGGCAGCAGAUCCCUUGGAGUCUGCAACCAUUUUCAUUUCGUUUGAGUGCUUUGUUCAUUUAUAUUAAGUUUGGUAGUUCUUUGGAUACUGAUUUCUCUCCGAGAUUUGUAGCUAGAAGGGUUUCCUUGUUGAUAAUUUAAUAAAACAAUCCCUAUUCAAUAUAUGUUUCCAUCAUUAUCAACUUUGGCUAUUGCUUAAUAACUGAUUUAUUUAUUUAGUCGUCAUUUCCCAGGAUGUCAUGUAACAAAAGACACGUAGAAGUUGACAUGACUAUUAUGAAGAAAAAUAAAUGUUACAAAUUACAAUUCAGUUCAUGACAUGGUUUGCAUCUUACUACUCUACAAAUACAGAGUAUUAGUUAACAAUACUGCAAAGAAAAAAACGUUACAAAUUACAAUUCAGUGCAUAGCAUCG